UCACGUGACAAUGCUGACUUCCGUUCUCAAUAUUAACCUCUACAUGUGCAAUGAGAAAGAUUGGUUUGAUAAACAUAUGGCUAAAGAAAGGGUUCUAAAUCAAAACAAGUAGAUCAAUUAAGUAAAGGUUUCUUUUUGUUGGUAUGGCAUUCUCCAAGCUGGUUAAUCCAAAAAAGAAGAAAAGAGUACAUGCAGUCAAAGAGUCACCAUUUCCAGUUCCUAUAGCAACAGAACAAUAUGAAAACACAUGGUUCUACUACACAGGUUAUCUCCAUGACAACCACAUAGAAAUCAAACAUAGUGGAGAUAUUGACAGGUUGUACAAAAUGGGAUUUUUUGGAAAAGGUACUUUAUCCAGAAGUAAGCCAGAGUUUAAUCAGCGCUUCAAAACAGUGGCCAUUCCAAACAAAAAAGGGGAGACAAUCAGUGCAAGAAUUAUGAGUAGGAGAAGUUAUGUACACAGACUAAACUGGUACUUAGAACAAAUAAAGGGGACAUCACCCCAUUAUACAGAAUAUGAUAGUUCUGAAGAACUCAAGGAGGACCCAGAAAUAGCUAAGGAUGUAACAAAAGACGAAGAAAAUACAUCAAAACCAAAUAUUGAUGAUGGCAAUAAAUUAUUUCAUUCACAAUCAAAACCAUUGAAGGCAAUGCCUACAGACUUGUGGGCAGAACCAGUAAACCAAUGGGAAACCAGUAACACAGGAAGUAAAGAGGACUUAUGGGAAGAGGAUGAUGAUUUCUGGGGAGAAGAGUCUUCAUCUGCUUCAGUAUCUGGAAUAAAUAAAACUCAAAACAUUGCAAUGCAUAAAUCUGAGGAUAUUUGGAAUGAUGAUUCUAAGAAUAAGUCUGAAUUUCUUGAGGUCACCGAGUUCAAGGACACUGAUUCUUCAAACAGAAAGAAUUUUAUAUCUCAAUUGGACAAGAAUUCUGAGAAAGAAUCCAUUUCAGGACAUGAAAAUCAUGGAGAUGUAAAUAAAUUGAUCAAAGAAACACAAUUUAAUCAAAGAGAUGCCAUUUCAAUUGACAAUCCUGAAAUAAAAAUGGAUGUUGAGAUUGACAGCAAAAACAGUGAUUUCCAAAUUUCCCAAACAAAUGUAUUAGUAAAUGUUUUACCAUUAACAACUGAAAAAUCUAAACUGUCGGAUAUAGAAAGUACAGAUAGUGAUAUAGACUCUCUGUGUAAGUCAGAUGAUACUGAAGGGGAGCUCUUUAUUGUUGAUGAUUCUGACAGUGAGGGAGAGGUUUGGAAGAGAAGAAAAUUAUCUAGAAAAAAGAAGAAAUGGAGACCUGUUUUAAAAAAGGAUCCAUUCUUUGUUAAAGAAAGUCUUCAUUUAUCAUUUGAGGAGGCAUUUUUCUUGUCUUAUGGUCUUGGUUGUCUGGUUGUUAAAGAUGAAAAAGAAAGAACUCCAGAUUUAACAGAGAUGUGGCAGACGUUCAGUAGUAGACAACAAACAUUCAUACCUAACUAUAUAGCUUAUCAUUACUACAGGAGUAAAGGAUGGGUGCCCAAAACGGGACUCAAAUUUGGCUCAGAUUUCAUAAUAUACAAAGAAGGACCAGCUUUUUAUCAUGGUAGCUAUUCAGUGAUAGUUAAGAUGAUAUGGGAAGAUUCUCUAGAGGAAGACCCUAAAUACCACACUAGAGACCUCACCUGGACCAAUCUGGCAGGGCUAAACAGACUGACUGAACAAGUAUCUAAGGAAGUCUUGUUAUGUCAUGUGAUUAGACCUAACAAUUUAACAGAGGAAGAUCUAUUGUCACCUAAAUGUAUCCCACAAUUCAAAGUUAAGGAAGUGGUUAUAUCAAGAUGGGUGUCAUCACAAGAAAGAGAGAAACAUACAGAGGAAAUACCUUGACCCGAAAACAUUGAUCAACAUUUUAUUUAUUCUGAGAUAAUAAAUUUUUAGUAAACAAA